AUGUUCAACUUAUAUAAAGGAGGCUUUGGUGCGGUUGAAAGCAAAGGAGCUAGAUACCCAGAUGAGAAACAAACACUGAUGGUGUGAAGCUAAGAACAUAGGUCGGAAUGCCAAAAUUAUUACAAAUCUUUAUAUGAACUUUCAUGUGUAUUGAUAUCCUUAGCUGGGUAUUCCAUGCCAACAAUGUCAUUUUUGAACUGUUAAGCGCUAAAUACAUUUUUGUAUCGUUGUAGCAAACAUUUAAGUAUGACUCCGAAUUGUGGGAAAACCACCAAACGUUGAACGUUGAAGGAGGAGUGGACGGAAAUGCCCUAGAGACCAAGUUGGCUUCGUACAACAACACACCAUUCAGCAAGAUCUGUCUGGGAAUGACUGUCAAUUCAGAUGGAUCUUCCAUAAACUGGAUUGGUAUUGAAUAUGAAGCAAGUUCGUUCUACAGUUUGUUGGCAGAUGGAAUGUUUAAAACUGUGAACGUUGGCAAGUCAAAAUGGGAAUCUCUCGUUGAUGAUUCAAAGCUUCCGAAUAAUUGUGAAUAUGAAGGUUUCAAUACACGUUUAGCUAGUAACCCAACACAGAAACGAGUACGAAUUGGUUAUCUCGCUCAAAAAACAUGUGGCCAGGAAGAAGGCUUGAUUGGAUUUGGCACUGAUCUUAAUGGGCUCCGUUGGUCGAGUGGAUAUAUUUAUCCUUCCCGCACAGGCAAUGGAGCUAAGGAAAUCUCAGCCUUCGGUUAUAUCUAUGUCCGCUAA